AUGACUUCUGCGACAGUUGUGACUGUGAAUUUUCGCCUCGGAGAAACAGAGAAUGCAUCCUCUUCGAUUGGAAGCGCUGAACCAGCGCCAAAGUCAGAACCAGAGCCAGAGCUAGUAUCAAAUUCAGAAUCUCACUCUACAAAUUUUCAUAAAUAUCCAACUCCGAUACAUGACACCCUCGCCGGCUUUGACUGGAUCCGAAAAAAUCUUCAACCUUCUAAACUCGCAGUCUUCGGCUCCCAUAUUGGCGGUUCGCUGGCACUGAUGCUAGCACUCACAGAACCGCAAUCUGUACACGCUGUGGCUGCCUACGAGCCUAUUUGUGACUGGCCUGGAUUAGACGAUCACUGUGCCCAUGAAAGGAUCACAGACUCGGAAUCUUCAAGCAAGCAAAAACGACCACGAAGACGGAAAUCCGCAGCACCAGAUCUAGUCCCUCUUCUUGAGGCCCGGGAUCGACUUUUCACAUCCUUUGAGAGAUGCUUCGAUGCGUUCGCCUCGCCAAUCUUAUUUCUUCGCGCCGCGGGACGAGAUAUUCCUAAGACGUUUCCUCAGUAUCUUACUGGCCUGAACUAUCCCAUUCCCGUUUUGAAGAAUACUACCAAGGCAAUAACUACCGAGGGUUCAGAUUCUCCUGAUGGCAGUUCAAGGGAUAGGAAUGCAUACUCCGACUUGGUCGCAGAUGAGGAUAUUGAUCUGCCCGUUCGUCGUCGAAAAGCGCUCUCUCGCUGGCCACCACAUGGGUUAGAUUAUGGCCUCAAUAAUGAACCUCGGGUAGGACCUGAUCAUGGGAUUGAUAGACUGGAAAUAACUUUACCGUGGGUGCGGGUAUUUUUAAAUGGACCUGUGGGCUCAACAGAGAUCGCUGCUAGCAGCAAGACCUCGGCGGUGAAAUCUACGGUCCUUGAGCAGCAGGGCGAGGAGAUGGUGUCUGUUAUGCGAAAGGCGUGUUUCUGGGGUCACGAGAAAGGCCUCGGAGAGCGAGUGGUGACUCUUUCGAGAGUAGACGAUUUUUCUGGGCAGGAAUUGGCAAGUUAUUUUGAGGAUGUAUUUGAUAAAGAGAGUAGUGAUGAUCAAUGA